AUGGCAUUGAUGCAAAAAUCUAGAUCUGAGCCCAAUUGUCAAACCGCAGCCGUAUACAACGCUUCUAUUUUUCCUAAACGUAAAUCUACCGGCAAUCUUCAUCAGCAGUCCAUGAGCCAAACCACUUGCAUGUCUCGCUCCACCACCACCAAAAUUUGGCGUCCUCCUGGCCAUUGUGAAAUUCCUGACAUUUUAGGCAACGCUUAUUUGAAACCAAGCCCACCUGUUUCUUUCGAUUUGCGACCUACUGAUAUUGCCAAGCAAGUGUCCAAGCGCCCAUGGUAUCCUCCCAGCCCCAAUUACCAAAUCCCCAAUCUUCCACCCGUUAAACGCUCGCAAAACAAAUUCGAAGCCAAAUUAAGAAAGCUUUUACCCAAAAAGAUUUCUAUUCGAUCCAGUGAUCCUAGUUCUCGUUACACUGACUAUAAGGAAGUGGGCACUGGUGUCAAUGGAGCCGUCGUGAGAGCCAGUUACCGCAAAAGACCCAACGUCCGUGUUGCCAUUAAGCGCUGUCGACUCGAUCCCGAUCGUGAAUACCGUGCUGCCAUUGUUCGCGAAUUACGCAUCAUGGCUUCCGGUCAUGCCAACCUGAUCAAGUUGCGCGAAGUCACUUUAUGUCAAGACGACAUCUGGAUGACCAUGGACCUCAUGCGAUGCUCUGUCUUUGCUGUCCUUUGUCAACGCGGUAUCCCUGAAGAAUACACUGUCUAUAUGGCUUGUGAAACCUUGAAGGGUCUGUCCCACUUGCAUUCUCAAGGCAUUUUGCAUCGUGAUGUCAAGUGUGAAAAUCUUUUAUUAGGCUGGCAUGGAGAAGUUAAAUUAGCUGAUUUUGGAUUAUCUGCACGCAUUGCCCGUCCAAAUCAUGAGCGACUCGGCACCACCAAAUGGAUGGCUCCUGAGGUAAUUAGAGAAGAAUACUACAGUGAAAAGAUUGACAUGUGGUCUCUUGGUAUUACGAUUAUUGAAAUGAUGGAUCGUGUGCCACCUCACUACUCAAUCAAGGACGAAGAAGAGUUAUUUGAUAUCAUUGCUACUGAACCCAGCCCUACAUUUACAUACAGCUAUCCUACCAUGUACAUGAGAGGUUUAGUCGCUUGGUUAUUAGACGAGGAACCCGAAACAAGACCCAGUGCUCGUGAUGCUCUCAUGGAAAUUGAGGCUCAUAUUCAAUCGAAUCUUUUACCUUGUUCUAACCCCAGGGACAUGACUCGUUUCUUGAACCAAGUCUUGCCUGAAUGUUAA